AUCGAUUCGUCGUCUGCAUUUCCGCAUAAUCGAUUAUGCAUUUGAUGGUGCAUCCCACGUGGGUUUUAAACUCCGCAUCAUACGCUCUGGAAGAUCACCUACAGCUGUUAAUUCCGAAGGAACAGCACAAGUACAACAUGGAAUUAGCUCGGCUCACUACAGCGUUCCUGACGCAGCAAUCACACAGACCUCUGACUGCUAUUAAGAGCCACUACGCGCGAAUGGACCCAGAGAUAGAAAG